AUGACACACGAGGAGAACCUCCAAGGCUGGGUUUCUCACCCUUUUCUGGCCCAUGCCCCCAUGUUUAGGCUGGUGUGUUACCGCCACAAAGUGAUCACAUUUCUGAGCGGACAGAAAACAGACAACGCUGCAAUGAGUUCAAAAACAAACCAGGACCCAAAAGCCUUGGAACAUGCCCUGCGGGCGACUCACAUAGUCCCUGUGGGCGACCAAGUGCCCCGCGGGCACCACGUUGGCUACCCCUGCUCUAAAGUGACUGAACUAUGCAUCUAUAACACCUGUAUAUUUCUGGUCUCAACAGUGGCUAUCAAGAAGAGGUCCAGAGUUCCCGGAGUUAUGAUCACUCAGUAUGUUGAGAUACUUCCUGUAGGAAAGUCGACACCUGACUUCACCCGGAAGCCAAUGCCCAUAACGGCUCAGGAGGGCAAAAAAGUAUUGUUCAAAGCUAUAGUUGGUGGAGAGCCGGCGCCAGCUGUAACAUGGGGGCGAAACAAUGGCGAGGUUGAUGACCCAGAAAAGUACAAGACCCGAUACGAUGAAAGAGCUCAAGAACACAUUCUAGAGCUCCUUAAUGUGAAACAAGAUCAAGCCGGUGCGUACAAAUGCUUUGCCACCAACGAGUACGGACAGGCGGUCUGCACUGCAAACCUCAAUGUUAUUGAAGUUGGCUUCAAGAAGAAAGCCUUGGCAGCAAAUGAACAAGCGCCGCAAGAUUUCAGAAAAAUGCUUAAGAAAACUGUUGUUGUCACCAGAAAAAAACAACUGCCACCAAAAAAAGAUGGAGAAAUUGAUCCUAAGCUCCUUGAACUGCUCAUCUGUGCACCGAAGAAGGACUAUGAAAAGAUCUGUUAUGACUUUGGUGUUUUUGACUUUCGCUGGCUGCUGAAGAGACUUAACCAGUUGAAAAAGGAAAGAGAAGAUGAGCAGGCAAAGGUUGUAGAGCAACUGGGAAAUGUGAAACAAAUAGAAGUGAAACCCGAUGGAAGAGCUGAAUUUAGCCUCGACAUGACACUACAGGAUCCCAACAGUGAGAUUAACUUAUACAAGGAUGGGACACUUGUUCCAUACGAUGAUGAUGACAAGUCAAAGCAUAGCCUUAAGAAAACAGGGAAGAAAUAUGUUUUCAGCAUCAAAGAUCCUCAGCAAGAAGAUGCUGGGUUUUACCAGCUUGAUGUUGAAGAGGCAAAUGUCCUAACAACUGACUUUAAAGUGCCUGCCGUGGAGUUCAUAGCCAAGAUUAAGGAUGUGAAGGCCUUUGAAAGUGGGGACGCAAUCUUUCAGUGCGUCCUGUCAACACCCCUCAACAGAAUUACCUGGUCAAAUCAGGACUCGUCACUUGAACAUGGGGACAAAUAUGAGAUCACUGUGUCAGAGGAUAAGCUCAUUCACACAUUGAAAGUUAAAGACUGUAAAAUGGCAGAUAAUGGAGCAUAUUAUGCCAUAGCUGGGAUAACUUCGAGUAGUGCUUCUCUCAAAGUGGAAGCUGAUCCUAAUGCUAAAGGUCGCGAUGGCACCCAAACUGGAGAUCAAGAAGACCUGAAUAAACUUGCAUUGGAAAAGCAGGCCAAGCAACAAGACGACUUGGAGGCAGCCAGACCAGCAGAUGGAGGAGACGGCUCUGGGGAUGGGUCUGGUGGCAAGACUGAUGGAGACGGCACAAAUAACAAUCUCCCGACAGGUGGAGAUGAUGAAAAUAAAGGGGAUGAUGGAGAUGAUAAGAAAAAGAAGCGAGUACGAACUGGCCCUUUGGUUCCUGACACUGUUAUAGAUUGUGGUGUUCAGUUUGUCAGUGGGCUUUCAGACACUGUUGCUAAACUUGGUGAACGGGCAGAGCUGUCUUGCAAACUAAGCAGUGAGACCACUGAGGGACGUUGGUAUAAAAAUGGGAAGCUGCUUACCGAUGAGGAUGGGGUAACGAUUAUCAAAGAUGGAGCCUGUCACAGGUUACUAAUUGAUUGCUGUAAAAAAGAUGAUGCAGCUGUUUACCGCUUUGAAGCAGAAGGCCGUAAAUCAGAAGCAACACUUAAUAUUCAAGAUCCACCAAAUAUCGACGCUGAUGCGCUCGGAAAAUUCACAAAGCCAGUCAUUAUAAAGGCAGGUGAAAGUGCAGAAUGGAAGCUGCCAUUCUCGGGUGGGGCACCGAUGAAUAUAAAGUGGUACAAGGAUGAUGACGAGCUUUUGCCCGCUCUCAAUGUGAAGAUUGAAACCUCUGAUACUGAGAGCAAACUACGCCUUCUUAAGUGUCAAAGGAAAGAUUGUGCAGAGAUCAAAAUUAAAAUAAAAAAUGAAUUUGGAACAAUUGAGGCAAUAUCCAAACUUAUUGUACUAGACAAACCCACACCACCGCAAGGACCUGUGGACAUUAUGGAAAGUGCUGUAACGUCUGUUGAGUUCAAAUGGAAGCCGCCAAAAGACAGCGGUGGAUGCCCGGUCACAAACUAUCUCAUAGAACGGCAACAAGUAGGUCGCAAUAAAUGGUCAAUUCUGGGUGAGAUCCCUGGAAGCAACCCAAGUUACAGAGAUUCAGAUGUGACCCCUGGAAGGAGAUACUGCUACCGGAUCAGAGCCAAAAACGCAGAAGGCAUCAGUGAAUAUCUGCAGAGCGAGGACAUACCAGCUGGUGUAUUACGUUAUCCUGGACCCCCAGCCGCACCUAAAGUGGUCAGUGCUUUUAAAGACUGCAUCAAUCUUGCAUGGUGUCCUCCAUGUGACAAUGGAGGAACCAAAAUAGUCGGAUACAAUUUGGAAAAGAACAAGAAAGGCACUAACUACUGGAGCCUUGUAAACCAAGGAGGGCCUAUUACAGAUACAAAGUAUGCAGUGAAAGACGUUUUUGAAGGAGCAGCAUAUGAAUUUAGAGUGUCUGCUGUUAACCUAUCUGGUGCUGGAGAUCCGAGUAUUCCAUGCGACACAGUAAUCGCAAGAGAUCCAAUGAAACCCCCAGGCAAAGUCACAGACCUGAAGUUAACAUCCUCCGAUUACACCACAUUUUCACUGGCUUGGACUAAACCUAAAGAAAUGAAAGGGGUAGAGGAUGAAGCCCAGGGCUACUACGUGGAGAUCAGACCAAUAGAAAACCUUGAAUGGACCCGUUGUAAUGCCACCCCAAUUACUAUAACGUCUUACACCGUGCUUGGCUUGAAGGCAAUGGCCACAUACUGGGCGAGAGUAAUUGCCACCAAUUAUGGAGGUGAUGGAGAACCUCGGGGCUUUGACAAUUACAUAAUUGCCAUGCCUCCUCCUGUAAGGCCAAAGUUUAAAGAUCGCAACAUGAAGACCUUUGUGGUGGUCAGAUCUGGAAACACAGUCCGUCUGAACAUCAACUUUGAGGCCUCUCCCCUGCCAGAAGUCUUUUGGCAAAAAGAUAGCACUCCAUUGCCCAAACAUGUAAUUAUAACCAACUCUGACAAAGGCUCUCAACUGUUAAUCCCCACAUCUGAGCGGCCCGACAGUGGCAUCUACACCAUUACUGUCAAGAACAUUGUCGGCCGAGAGAGCUUCAAUGUUGAAAUCAGAGUUACAGAUGAUCCCAAGCCCCCAGGUCCUGUGGAGCUGGACCAGAACAUCCCAGGAACAGUGACUCUGUCCUGGACUCCCUCUCCAGAUGAGAAGAGGGAUGACAGAUUACACUACAUGGUAUCCAAGAAGGACUCCUUCAAACGCACUUGGAGGACAGUGGCAGACAACCUCUUCAACAAUAAAUUCACAGUCAUCAAUAUUUUGCCUGGACGGGAGUAUCACUUCAGGGUGUUUGCUAAAAAUGACAUGGGUCCUUCACCACCUUCUGAGUCUCCUGUGUUUGGAACUAUAAAGGAAAAAGGAAAGUUCAAAGUAAACUUGCCAGACACAAAAUCCUUUGACUUCCAGUCCCCUCCGUCAUUUAUCGUUCCCCUGAAGAGGCGUACAACUCCACAGGGUUACGAGUGCUACAUGAGCUGUGCAGUUAAGGGUGAUCCAGCUCCACGUGUGACAUGGUACCGUAGAAAUAUCAGCCUCAACACAAACACCAACUACCACGUCACUAAUGUAUGUGGAGUCUGCUCCUUGCUCAUACUAAGGGUGGGAGCCAAAGACAGCGGGGAAUACAAAGUUGUCAUUGAGAACAAACUGGGGACAGCCGAGUCCUCAAUGACGCUGAAUGUCACUUAAAUAAGAGUGAAGAACAGCUGCAGCUGCUGGACAGAAGCUGAACGAACAGAUGUCUUACUGAGUUUUCAUUCAUCUCCCACUAGUGUGAUGCUCCACUAUUUAAACACUUAACUUGAGAAAGCUCCAGAAACCAAGAAAUGUCUCUUUUAGGAAAAUGUUAUAUGCUGUACUAUUAAACUUCGGAGAUAUUUCACCAUCCUGCUUCUAUUCACACUGUAAUAGAAUUAGCCGUAUGGGAAAAUGUUU